AUGGGCGAAUUCAGCGGGGACAAGUCUCCGCGCCUCGGGGACAAAGAGACGAGACCCGUAGUCGCGGAACCGCUGGCCGACUUCAUGGAGGAAAAACGCCUCGAACGAGUCAAGAAGUUGGUGCUCAAGGCAAGAGCCUCUACGAGAAAGGUCAGGGCAGAGUACUGCAGGACUCCGGGUUGCUCAAGGCACGCCGGGCUCUUCUCCACCUUAAACGACAGCCUGGAUCCGUGCACGGACUUCGGCAAUUACGUGUGCUCCAGCUGGCAACCGCUUCAAUCGUUCGGUCAAGAACAAAGCGCCGAAUUCGACAUCAAGAUCCAGUGGCUAACAAAAGUAGACAAGCUUCUGCAGAAUAGGUCACCGAAGUCGAAAGCUUUAAAGAUGGCGUCGAAAAUGUUUAAUGCUUGUUUGUCAAACGAUAGCGAUUCGGAAAAGAGGAACCGCGAAACCCUCGCUCAGUUUCUUGAGACGCAAAGACUUUCUCUGAAACCUGGAGACGACCUGCAACCUCUGGACGUCCUUAUAAACUUCGCGGUGAGCUGGCAGACAGAUUUAUGGUUCAAACUUAGUUUCCUGAGGGCCACCCAGGACCGGAACCGAAGAAUCCUCAUCGAACCCAGCGUUCACCACUGCGGUAAUACACUCAUUUCGGGGAUUCUGAGGGAUUACGUCCUCUGGAAAAAAUUCUUAAGUUUCCUACUGGGCCACAACAAUUUCAGUGAGGAGCAGUUUAAAAUGGACUCCGACGUAAACGAGAUGCUUUGCCUCAGUUGGAACGAAACGCAGCAGCCAGCCAUUUUUGCUCUGGGGACCAUCGCCACCCAAGUUCCAGCCUGGAGCGCCGCAUCAUGGAUCAGGGCGCUUGACGGCUCAAUUGCAGACAACCAAGGGUGGUUUACCGGUGACGACGUGGUUGUUGUUUCGGACACUUUACAUUUAAGAAAAAUCAAGAACUUGACAGCAAAGUACGAGCCGAAGAAAGUGUUGCCACACUUGACUCGGUGGAUGCUACUUUCUCACUUGGAAUUCUCGUACGGCAGCAUUAUAAACGUUAUAAUCGGUCAACGAAGCGACACUACGAAUAUAACGAGGCUUUUCUGUGCGCAGUCGACGGACCAAGCGUUUGGGCUCCCCAUUAUGUACAAGAUUGUAGCAAAUACUACAAAAGACAUUUACAAGCUGUUGACAUACACGCUCGUCGCGGCGAAGCACGCAUUUGACACAUCUCCGUGGAUCGACGUUGAUAGUCGGGCUCUAGCCAAGCUGAAACUGACGUACAUGGACCUCAAGUGGCCGUACACAGGUAGACAGAACUUAUCCAACAUCGAGAAGAUAUACACCAAAGGGACACAAGAGCCGGGAAACUACAUAGAAUACGUCCUCGCCUCCAAACGAGCGAUGAGCGAGAUAGCCCUCUUGAGGAAGGUAUCACGUCCGACGGGAUGCCCCAUGUCGACAACGGCAUAUUACCACCUUUUCAACAGCGUUUCUAUUGCGGCAAAAGUGAUAGGCGAACCGUUUUAUUACCCCGAUGCCAGCCCCGCCAUACUGUACGGCGGCCUCGGGCACACAUUUUCCCUGCAGCUAGUGCGUGCCUUCGACGGUGAAGGCAUUCUUCUGGACCCCAUCGGAAGAUUCACGUCUUGGUGGACUCCCGAGUUUAGGAAGGAAUACGCGAGUCGGGAGAAGUGCGGCGCAAGUUCGGGAAGCAAUAUCUUUCCCGAAGUUCCCGCCAUGGAAAUUGCGUUCCGCGCGUACAAGGCGACGAGGGAUCCGCUCGCACCUCGUGGACUCUAUUUACAUGACCCCUUUUCGGCGGACCAGGUAUUCUUCAUGAGUCUUUGCCGCGCGUCGUGUAAACAGGUGGACGGCUCGAAGGGUUCCGAGAGUUGCAACAAGGCCGUGAGAAACAGUAUUGACUUCGCCGAAGCCUUCUCGUGCCCCGUGGGGUCUGCAAUGAACCCGAUUUUCAAAUGUUCUUUCUUUGGAGACGUAAACGAUAGUUCUGCUAAUCGGGAACUGUAA